UUUUCAAUGAUCGGUCACGUCAGUUUUAACUCGAAUUGGCGAUCCGCACUUUCAUAGAUUCUCAGAAAGAUUCAAUUGCAAAACUACUCUUAAUCAUGAAUGCUUUUAAACUCGGUGAUAAAGCAUUGGACAACACACACGAGCUCUCGUUCAAUUUCCCAACAGAGGAUAAUAACAGCCAAACUUCUGUAUCGUACGUUAUUAAUACGAAUGUAUCUCCUGUACCCGAACACAAGAUUGUCAUGGAUUGUCCAACAGAAUGUAAAGUUUUAAACAACACUGUGAAGACCCAAUUCGAAGUAAAAAAAUGUGAAAAUUUAUGCGAAAGUGAAAAAACAGAAGCAACAAACAAUGUCGAUGAAUACGACAUUCCGACAAUUUCCUUCAAUUGCACGGAUUUGAAUAACGAAAAUCCGUCUUAUUUUAAUUCUAGUAUAAAAGAUUGUGAUGUUUCCAUUUAUGAAUAUUUUGAUUGCAACGACAAGACAAUUCAGGAAGAAGAUUUCGAAGAUAGUGAGAAAACAAUUCAAAAUCAAUUUUUAACGGAUGAUCAACAUACAAAUUCUUCGAACAAUUUAACAGAAUUUCGAGAUAGUCUCAACAUUGAUUCGGUGCAUGAAAAAAUAUGUCGAAUAAGAUGUGGGAAAGAAAAAUUUAUCGAUUCAAGAAUCUCUACUAAUGGACUAAUUGCUGAGAAUUUUAUUAAUUCGCAGAAUAUUCCUGAAAGUGACGAUGUCACUUGUAAAAUUAUUGAAGAAGAUACAAAAAAUAAAGAGAUGAAUCUUGCACAGAAUAUUACAUGUAUAAAUAUUGAAGAUUCUUUUCAAGAAGAAUUAGACACAAAAAACUUAUCAGUUUCAGCAAUAGAAUCUGGUAACUAUUUUAUAAGUAAUAAUGAGAAUUACUUUAAAAAUGACAUCGAUCUCUCGAAAUGUAUGGAAGAGAACGCGAAUCAUAUGUUAAGUAUAUGUACCGAAAAAGACAGUAUCGAAGAAACGAUUACUGAGAUAAAGAAAAUGGAUAAAAUAAUCAAGAAUUUUUUGUACACUAGUGACGACGAGCAUUACGAUUCGACGGAGGAACGAAUGAUAGAAGACUUAUCUGCGAAAAUAGAAGACGAUCGCGAUGACGUAAUGAAGAAAAUUAUCGAAAGUUGCUGCCAUGCCGUAGAUUUUCAGCAACGUUCAAUGAUAUGCGAAAUUUCGAGUGCAGAUUCCAUACAAUCGAGCAGCAAAUAUGUAAUUAAGGAAUUUCGAGAAAAUGAAUUUUUCCCAUGUCGUCGCGUCGUUUCCGAGACUGCCAUAGCGAAAGAAGAUAUAUUAAGAACUAUCGAGGAAGCAGAGAAAAUAUUAACUGACAGUCCAUAUUGGGAAAAGUCAGAGGCAAUUGUUAAUCAGAUGACUGAAAAUUACGACAAAAACAAUUCGUCGGAAAAAUCUGCGGAAGAAGUAAAAGAUGAUAAAGAGCAUGAAAGAGUAAAUGAAACAAUAGGUAAAAAAGAAAUCGAUUUUAUCGAGACUAAAGAUAACAAGAUAAAUUCAGCAAAUACGAUUGAAAAAAUUGCAGUCUCGAAAUCUGACGUUGUUGAAAAUAAUUUGCAAAAAUUAGCUGAAAUCACAUGUUCAGAUCGUCCUAGAUCGCGGAUCGAGGUUCAGGAAACUUUGGAGAAGAUAGCAGAAGAAAAGAGGAAAAUAGAAAAUCGUAAGAAUGAAUCACUAGAGACACUAUCGAAGAAAUUCGAGGAAAUUGACAAACUCGUUGCUGAUCAUAAUUGUACUUUUCUUGGAUCUGAUAAUGAUUCUUAUGAAUUAAAAACUCCAGAGAAUGUCGACAUUGAUUUUGACAGUCUCGGCGAGUUUCAGGUUCAGAUUGGUCCAGAAAAUUUCGAAAUUCCUUUAACGAAGUCCGAAAUAACUGAAAAAUUGAAAAUCGAGGAAUUAGAAAAAGAACUAGAGGAUGAAAUAAAAGAGCACAAGAAACUUAUGGAUGAGUAUCAAAAAAUUAUUGCGACGGAUUUAGAGAAGAUUCAAUUGACUUUGGAAUCGGAAUCAAUGCAAACUUACAAUGGUGCGGAUAUCAAUAAAGAAAUAGAAAAUAAAUCUAAAGACGAUGAAAAAAUAAGUGAGGAAUUUUCAAAUGAAAUAUUAGAAAUGACAGAUGAUACAACGGUGGCUAAAAUUGAUUCGGAAUCCGACGAUUUUUUCAUGGAAGAAUGGAAGGAACCAGAAAGGACGUAUAUUAAAGGAAAAGUCUAUGACUUUGACGAAAAAAAGCAUGGUGUUAGGAUGACAGAAGAACUCAUCAGGAAGCACUGCAAGGAGCACAAAUUGUAUCAAACCCCGUAUUUGAACGACGUUUUGUAUUUGCAUUACAAAGGAUUCUCCUUCAUUGAAAACCUCGAGAAAUACACGGGUCUAAAGUGUUUGUGGCUAGAAAGCAAUGGUAUAUACGAGAUUGCCAAUUUAGAAAAUCAGAGCGAACUUAAGAGCUUAUAUCUGCACCACAACCUCAUCAGUAAAAUCGAGAAUCUCGACUGCCUGCCGAAGCUCGACACCCUGAAUCUCUCGCACAACACGAUACGGAGGAUCGAGAAUCUCGACGGCCUCAAGUUCCUGAACAACCUGAACCUGUCGCACAACUAUCUACGAGAAACCGCUGACAUCGAGCAUCUCCGUCUGCUGCACACGCUCUCGAUCUUGGAUAUCUCUCACAACAGGAUCGACACCUGCGACAUCGUUGACAUUUUGGGAGACAUGAAGUCGCUGCGCGUUGUAACAUUGAGUGGCAAUCCAGUGCUCAAACAGAUAAAGAUGUAUCGCAAGACGAUGAUCCUUAAAUGCAAGAAUCUUCAAUAUCUAGACGAUCGACCGGUGUUCCCACGCGAUCGUGCCUGCGCCGAGGCCUGGAUGCGUGGCGGUGUCGACGAGGAGGUGGCCGAGAGGAAUCGGUGGUUCCAAGCGGAGCAGAAGAAAAUCAACGACAGUGUUAUGGCCCUGAUAAACAAAAGGAAGCUGUGCAAACCGGUCGGGACGUCCGAAAAGGAGGCGACAGAUAAGAAGAAGAAGGAGAAGAAGGAGGAGGAGGAGGACGAGGAGGAGGAGGAGGAGGAGGACGAAGAAGUCACGACGAAAUCAAGCGCGCGCACCGCGACAAGGAGCAGCGGACUGCUCGACCUGGAGAAGAAGAAAAAAUCUGAGGAUCGAUCCUUCCUCGGUUCUUAUGACUCUCCGUUGUCGUCGUCAUCGUCGGAAGACGAACAGCUCGCAAACGACGAAGAAAACGAACGCUCACGGCAAAAAGGAGGCAAGGAAAGUGACGGAAGGAGGCCAAUGGCGGAGCAAGAGAAAAAAGUUCCCGAUGAAAACAACGGGGAGCUUCUGCUGCCCUGGAAAGCCAAGGUUCAAGAAGAGAUCCAACCGCGGACGCUGAUUGAAGAAAUAUCGGAAUCUAAACAUGACAUCGCUGGUGAUGCAGAAAGAAAAUGGCACAGAGAUCAAAUUUUGAAUAACUAUGAAAGUAUGUACGAUUCACUCGAUGAUGGUACCGUCAACAAGAAGACUGUCUCUCCUAAGAAAGAAGUAUUAGAACUGCAAUUAGAAAAAGAAAUGACAGCAGAUUUGCAAGAAUCAAUCAGUAACAAUAAUAAAGCUAACGAUCGUAAAAGCGAGAGAACGUUUACCUGUUCAGUAUCGUGUGACACAUCGGAUCUAAAACAGAUGUUAGAAGAAUACCAUAAACCUACUAAUGAAGUCACCAACGAGAAAGACGAUAUAUCGAAUAAAAAUAUCAAGAGCUAUCAAAGAAAAAGUAGAUUCUAUCCGUUCGGUUCUAAACUUAGUAGCAUCCGAGAAGAAAUGAGAGAAUUCUGCGACAGUAUGGAUAGGUUUGUUGACGAAAACAAGAUAGUGUUCAAGAAUGGCGAGGUGGAGGGAUUCUGGGGCGAGAGGAAGAUGGUGGACCAAAAUUUACAAACUGAUUUUGUUGAUGAUAGCAAGAUCCAAGAAACUGGAACCAAGGUUUCCGUGAGCGAGGAAGAUAAACUACGGUGGUGGAGUACCAAGGAAAGAAAAUUGAAAGUCAAGGAGAUCUUAAACAAGCGAGAGGACGAAGUAAAGGAAAACAAAGUGGAAGCAGAAGAUACCAAAAGAGUUGAAAAAUCCGAUCGCUGUUCGUCGGAAGAUAAAAAGCAGCUGACCGAUGCUACAAGUUAUUUUCAGGAUGUCCACGAUUUGACGGCACUAAAGGCUUCCCCAUCAAGUGUCCUUCCGGAUUCAAUGAAAACAUAUUCCGUGAAAAACGCGGCAAAUUAUGAAAGCGAGCAAUCUUUAAGUAUACAGCAAGAAGAAUCGCAUGGAGUAUUUCACAGUCUCUUUACUGAAUUGAGAAAUCGUGACAUUCGGGAGUGCAUACACAAACCGAAAAUUUCAACUGAAUUGAUGGCUCUAGAGGAAAAACUGGAUAACGAAAAAUUAGCCUUUGAUCCAGAGAAGAAAAAUAUCUGCACUCUCAUUAAUACGAAGGAUCUUGUUAAUUCUAAUGAACAGUAUUCGGAAUGUGAAAAUAGUGCAGAGAAGAAUAAUUCUGUAAAAAUCGAGAUUUUCGAAGACAAAGUUAACGAUCUUUCAUUCGAAUCUCCGGAAAGGAAGAAAAACAUCGAUGAAUCUGACGACGAUUCCUUUAAGACGGCAUUGUCCGUUCAAGAAGACUCGCAAAUUUUGGAAAGCAGUUAUGAAUUACCAAAAGUUUUAAAAUUGGCUAAUAAGGAAAAUAAUUUUGACAAAAUUAUCGAUUCAAUUCAAAAUGAAAAUAUCGAUCAUUCAAUGGACAACAAUUGGAAGGAAGUAAUUUCAAAUCAAAAUCAUAACGACGCGAUUUAUGAAAAUGAGAAAAUCUAUGACGGAUUGGAAAAAUCGUCUGAUAAAACGGAGAUAUCAAAAAGCGAGCGAGAAUUUUCAACUGAAACAGAACAAUGUAAUUCUCAAAUGGAAUCGCUCGUUCGAACGAUAGAUCAUUUAUCUCUAGAAAGAGCAAGUCAUUCUUCAAGACUGACAGGUAAAAGAACUCGCGAAGCGGAGGAUGUCGAGGUGAGCAACAAGAAAUCUUUCCUCAUCAAGGAAAUGAAUCUCGGAAAGAAACUGGAGGAACGCAAAUCUCGUAGCCAAAUCUCUGAGAGAUGCAGACAGCAUCUGAUACAAGAAACGAAGAAAUUUGCGAAGAAAGUGUCGCCGUUGAUCGACAAAUGUAUAACGCAUCUAAUAAAAGACGCGGAAAAUGCAAACGGGAAAUCGCAAAGCUAUAAAUACAAUCAGAGAAAUCCUAGAGAAUACUUGCCAUCUGGUUACACCUCAAAAAUGAAUCUUAGUAAGUCCGCGGGCGAUUUUGGAGAACGAAAUAAUUACCAUGAUAAGUGUGACAAUAAAUCUAAUGAUGUGACAAAUACGAGUACGUAUUCUGAAAGACAAGAAUUAAUGACGGAACAAACGAUCAAUUCACAAUUCGCUGCAUCAGCUCAUUGUUCUGAUAUCCAAUCACUUGCCAAUCUUUUUCGACAAUCCCAAAACUCUGAGUCGCAGUCACCAGCAGUAAAUGCCAAUGUAUCACUUUAUGAAGAAUUUUGCGAUCAUCUGCAAAAAUUAGAGAACAGCAAGAAAUUGUUGAUUAAGCCGGAUUUCACAAUGGACAAUAAACAAUCAGAAGAAAUAUUAUCUCAUAAUAAAUUACAGAAAACUGAAUGUUCGGUAAAAAAAUCAAUUAAACCACUGAUCCAAAUAAUUUCUGAACAUCCUACAACGUAUAAAAAUUCUGAACAAACCUCAUCAGAACAAACAGAAAUUAAACAAUCACAUGGUUCGCAAACUACUUCUUAUUGCAAACAGAAAGAUGCUGUCCUCAGGAAGUCCGAAGAGGAAACUAAGACAUCUGAUGAUUUUGAAAAUCACAUUAAUCUGGAAAGCGGAGUUAAUUUAAAAGAAGGAAUAAAAAUCGAAAUGUUUACAACAUCGUAUACAAUAGAAAAUGCAGAAUAUAAGGAAGAGUGUGUAUUACCAAAUGAGGAACGCAAAACCGUCACGACAAAUAUGAAAAAGAGUAUAGAAAUGCAAGUUGCACAGGAGAAUUAA